AUGCUAUUUCAACGACUUUGGGAGCGAGGAGUUGAGUGGGAUCAGGUGUUACCUUCAGACUUAUACGAAGCAUGGGACAAGUGGUGUACAGACCUCACUGCCUUGAAGGACGUCGCUGUUCCAAGACUCAUCGUUCGCGACUUCAACAAAGACAAAACAGAAAAGGCAUUGCAUGUCUUCUGCGAUGCUAGCACAAAAGCGUACGGAGCUGUAGCGUACGUGGCAUCGAAAGAGGAAGAGGGAAGAAAGUGUGUGACCAUUGUAAUGGCGAAAUCGAGAGUGGCACCCCUCAAGCGGUUGACCCUUCCGCGACUAGAGCUUAUGGGAGCAUUAAUUGGCGCUCGUUUGGCACAUUAUCUAACAAAGAAGUUGAAGAUGGAAGGACUCCCAGUGUAUCUGUGGACUGACUCCAUGAUCGUCUUUUAUUGGAUUCGUAGUUCUGCAAACCGGUGGAAGCAGUUUAUUGCAAAUCGCGUCUCAGAGAUCCAAGGUCUGACGGAACCAAUCAACUGGAGACAUUGUCCUGGUUCAGAAAACCCAGCAGAUCUUUUAACGCGUGGACUCAUGCCAAGUGCUCUUGUUGAGAACAACACAUGGUGGAAUGGACCCAUCUGGCUUCAAUGCUCGGAAUCAUCCUGGCCAAGUCAAGUUGAGGAAAGACCAGAAUGCGAAGAGUACAAGGCUGAAGAAAAGAAAGAUACUGUUGUUCAACUCACAAUACCCGACGAAAUUCAUCUGAUGAACUUGGAGAACUACAGUUCAUUUAAUAAGUUGGUUCGAGUGACGGCCUGGAUUAAACGCUUCGUAAACAACAUAAAACAACAAGGACAACGCAGGGGAGCGCUAACAAGCGAUGAAAUCAUAGACGCAGAAAAAUACUGGAUAGCGGCUACACAAUUGCAGGCUUUCCCGAAGGAAAUCGUACACCUGAAAGAUCAGCAGCAAGUUGACAAAAAAUCAAAAAUCAAGUCGUUCAACCCAAUUAUGGACAGUGAUGAAAUUGUGAGAGUUGGUGGUCGUUUACAAUUUAGUAACAACGAGGAAAGCGUAAAACACCCAAUAAUUUUACCUGCAAAUCACCGGUUCACUACCCUUCUCAUUGAGAAAGAACAUCGUCGACUGCUACACGCCGGAGUUCAAGACACUUUGACGCAGCUACGGGAAACUUACUGGAUUAUAAAGGCAAGACAAGUCAUACAGAAAGUAAUACGUCGCUGUUUAACUUGCCAAAGACAAAGCUGUGCACCUGCCUCAGAGCCGGUAGCUCCACUACCAGCCGACAGAGUUUCAAGAUGCGAACCAUUCGAAACUACUGGUGUGGAUUUUGCGGGACCGUUGUUAUGUCGACAUCACUACGGAAGUAGCAAGGUUUACAUUGCACUUUUCACUUGUGCCGUAACACGUGCCGUGCACCUCGAACUUGUGAGUGACCUAUCGACAACAGCAUUUUUGUUGGCGUUCAAACGCUUCGUUGCACGCCGAGGCAUCGCAAAAACGAUUUAUUCAGAUAACGCCUCAACGUUCAAACGAGCCGCUAAAGAUAUCAGACAAAUGUUUGAAGCAAUACAAGGAGAGGAAGCGCAGACCUACUUUGCAAAUCACAGGAUUAGGUGGAAAACAAUUGUAGAAAGAGCCGCAUGGUGGGGCGGUUUUUGGGAGAGACUAGUGAGGUCGGUCAAAGUCUCACUACGCAAGGUUCUGGGCCGUAGUAGUUUGAAUUUCGAAGAACUGGCCACGGUCCUCACUGAGGUAGAAGCUGUAGUCAACUCCCGUCCAGUGACGUACAUUUAUAACAACCCUAAAGAACCAGAGGCUCUAUCUCCAGCACACUUUUUAUUGGGACGUAAACUGACCACCCUUCCCCCACAUCACUUACCAGCAAAAGAUGAAGCAAGUUCUGGACACUUAGCGCGACGGUGGAAAUAUCGAUGCACUAGCAUAGAGCAAUUUUGGAGAAGAUGGAGAUCUGAAUAUUUGCUAGAACUGAGGUCAGCUCACAUCACCAAACCCAACAGUUCAAGUGGUUUACAAACCGAUGACAUCGUCCUUCUCAAAGACGACCGACUCCCACGGCAGAUGUGGAAAUUCUGCAGAGUUAAAGAGACUUUCCCAGGAAAGGACGGCAAGGUUCGAGCAUGCAGGAUUGUGCUGCCCAGUGGGGGAGAGCUCCGCCGUCCGAUACAGUUAUUAUACCCGCUGGAAUUGCAAGAAUGAGCAUUCGCUCAUUUCGGGGGGAGUUUGUUGAAAAUUAUCGUCUAUAGAAGAAGAGGAAAAGGAGAGAUACGACGAAAAAGAAGGGACGAUGACAGCUACGGCGCUCCAAAAGCAAACGGAACCAUCAUGUAAAUAUUGUAUAUAAAUCCUUUCUUGUUCAACUAACUCGACGCA